AUGAGCCAAACUCGUGGGAGGUAUGACUUCUGCAUUGGUCUGGUGUUGGCUAUGAGUUCCAGCAUCUUCAUUGGAGGAAGUUUCAUCCUGAAAAAGAAAGGACUUCUCCGGUUAGCUAGGAAAGGCUCCAUGAGAGCAGGUCAAGGUGGUCAUGCAUACCUUAAGGAGUGGUUGUGGUGGGCUGGACUUCUUUCAAUGGGAGCUGGCGAAGUAGCUAACUUUGCUGCCUAUGCUUUUGCACCAGCUACAUUAGUGACUCCUUUAGGAGCUCUCAGUGUUCUUGUAAGUGCCAUUCUGUCAUCCUUCUUUUUAAAUGAAAAACUUAAUCUACAUGGAAAAAUAGGAUGUUUACUAAGUAUACUGGGAUCAACUGUGAUGGUAAUUCAUGCUCCACAAGAGGAGGAAGUAGAAAGUUUGAAUGAAAUGUCCCAGAAACUAGGUGAUCCAGGUUUUGUGGUCUUCGCAACUCUUGUUGUCAUUGUGUCUUUGAUUCUUAUAUUUGUGGUGGGACCUCGGCAUGGACAGACCAACAUUCUCGUGUACAUAACAAUCUGCUCUGUAAUUGGAGCGUUAUCUGUCUCCUGCGUGAAAGGUUUGGGCAUCGCCAUAAAGGAACUUUUUGCAGGAAAACCAGUGCUGGAACAUCCCUUGUCUUGGAUUCUGCUGCUAAGUCUUACUGUCUGUGUCAGCAUGCAGAUCAACUAUUUAAACAGGGCUCUGGAUAUAUUCAACACUUCGUUAGUGACUCCAAUAUACUAUGUAAUCUUUACGACGUCGGUUUUAACUUGUUCUGCCAUCCUUUUCAAGGAAUGGCGACACAUGGCGGCUGAUGACAUUAUUGGCACCUUCAGUGGCUUCCUGACUAUUAUUGUGGGGAUCUUUUUAUUGCAUGCCUUCAAAGAUGUUAAUUUCACCCUAGCAAACCUGCCUGUCUCUUUGCGGAAAGAUGGUACAGCAGUAAACGGUACUUUGCUGAGCUUGCACGACGGCUUUCAUCAUGAUGAAGAAAGUUCUCCCUGUCUCGGUGAAAUGCAAUCCACUGAGAGUCUCUCAGCCAGGAGAAAUGGAAGUCUGUCAGCCUUUUGAAAAUACCUACACGUUAGUUAAGAAAAGAACAAGUGUGUAACUCUGGAAUUAUUUUUUUUUCUUGCUGUGAAAUGUCUGAGCUUGUACUUUUUAACUGUGUGUUUAGACAAUCGUUAAUUUUUGACUUAGAUUUGUUUGGAUAAAGAACACUGAAGGGGUUUUUUUUAUUUGCCUUAUAGUUACUUUAAAAAAUACUAAAAUUACCUCAGACCACAGUUGGUUUUGUUGCUUAAGUUAUGUGUAAAUACUUUCAUUCUUCUGUUUUAAGAUGUAUUGCACUAAUGACAAUUUUAUCAAAAAUAAAUUGCUUUAUUUCUGCA